AUGUCGACUCCUACAAACCCCUCGAAUGCCCGAACCCCAACAGGACCAAAUGGUGCGCCACCGAUGAGAAUGCGCCGUCCAAAGGCCGCAGAUCCAUUGGUCAGACCAAAAAGGAGACCAGCUCCCAAGCCAGCCGGAGCCCCUCCGGCCGGUCGGACAGCCACCAAGACUCUUCCUACACGGCCCCCGGUCUCCAAUAUCCCGCCCGCUCCUGUCGAGAGGCCCCAACUCGGUGUGAGCAGCAAUAAUGCCACCGUCAAUGGAUUCAGCGGUCCCUUGCUCACUGAUAAAUACUUUGAUUACCCGGUCGUCACGACAAAGCGAGCUCUGAUGGAAGGAUUGAAGCACCACAUUGCGCGUUUCGCCUCAAAGAAGAACGUCGACCCCCGCGAUGAAUCACAAUUCACGCGUCCAGUCCGACUGCACCGUCGUGACCCACGGCGCGGUCAAGACGCACAUGCGUCACGUUUCGAAGACCCAGAUGCUCCGCCUAUGGAUGAGGCCGAGCGUGAAGCCUUCGAUGCGCGCAGGGCAGCACGUGAGAAGGAGCGUGCCGAGAAUAUGGCUCAGAUUGCGCCUGCUCUGGGUACUACCUCGAAACGACCUAAUGCCCCGAAACAAAAGACCCAGCAGGUCUUCAAGUCUGAUAUGACACCCGAGGAGGUUGCGAAAAUGCGAAUCAAGUACGAGGAGGCUUUGCAAUGGCAUCUGGAGGAUUUCGAUAACAAGCAUACUUGGGUUGGAAACUACGAGGCUGCUCUGUCUGGGACCCAUGCGGUUUUUGUUCUGGAUGGUGGGAAGAUGCGUAUGAUUCCGGCCGAGAAGUGGUACAAAUUUAGUGCCAAGAGUAACUUCAAGGCUUUGACUAUUGAGGAAGCUGAGAAGUUCAUGGCUAAGAAAGUCAAGGACCCCAGAUGGUUCAUGGAAAAGCAGCAAGAGCUGGAACAGAAGAGGGAAUUGGACAUUUAUGCUAAGCAGCGGAAGGUCUAUGCUGGCAAGCAGGGCAAUCCCACCUCUGGGGGCGCGGGACUGGAGGCCGGUGAAAUGGACUUUGAAGAAGAUCGUUUCGCUGACGAUGAAGAGCACGAUGAUGGCCUCUUCAAUGAUGAUGAAGAUGCCAAGGAAGCCGAGAAGAGAAUCAAAGAGGACCAGCUCAAGGCCAAUGUCUUCGAUCUCAAGGAUGAGAAGGACUACGAGGCAGAGGAGAAGCGGGAGUUGCGUGAACGAGAGGCUCGCCAUGUGCUGGGCAAGAGUGUGCGCAAAGCUCUAAAGAGGAGAGAGAAGAACUUUGACUACAGCAGUGGGUCUGAAAACAACCCGUACUCGGAUGACGAGAGUUCCGAUGACACCGAGACCGAGAAGGCAAAGGAAGAGGAGCGCAAGAAGGCUGAAGCCGAGAAAGAGAAAGAAGCUUCGUCCAAGGGCACCAACACACCUUCAGGCCGCCCCAAGCACACAGACCCCCUCAAGAAAUCAGCCGCUGGCCGGAAGCGACUCGGUUCUCCCACCUCAGACGCAAGUGGAACCGACACAUCUCGCAAGAAGCCCAAGAAGGCCAACCCUACAUCCCAACCCCCGUCCCGUCCAAUGUCCCCAUCCGCCAUCCAGACGGGCACAAAACGCGUCCGCAUCCCCGGCAGCGGCGCAAACUCCGGCAGCGACGUCGAAGCCGGCGCAGCCUCCAGCAACGAAACAAAUGAAAACAACAAAAAGAAACUAAAACUCAACCCGCCCAACGCCACCUCCCGCAGCGGCACACCGUCCGGCUCCCGCGCCGGAUCACCCAUGGCCGGCCGACACCCCGGCAGCCGCGCCAGCAGCCCCGAAGGACCAAUGCGUGGAGGCCGCGUGUCAACGCCCCUCUCUGCUUCUGGAUCUGGCUCGUUUCCGACGCCGGCGGAGAUCCACGCUGCUAUUCCUGCUUCGGGGAUUUCUAGUGGUGAUCUGCUGAAGCUUUUCCGGCCGAGGAUUGGAGAUAAUCAUCGGAAGUUUAUUGCUAUUGUUAAGGAUGUCAGUGUUUAUGGGAAGGAGGAUCGGAUGUUAAGGCCUGGUCCUUGGAAGGGAAAUUAA